AGACCCGGCGCCAUUUUGUUUCAGCUGCUGAAUAGCCACCGCCUGAAGAACAGUCACAGAGUCGCUCCGUCACCAGCACGUUAAACACUAAAUCCGCAUUAAAACACCGGACCGAGACUCCCGUUAUCGUCCGAAAGGAAAAGGAACCGUGUCGUAUGUCCGCUAUCCAGAACCUCCAAACUUUUGACCCCUUUGCUGAUGCAACUAAGGGUGAUGAUCGGCUCCCAGCAGGGACUGAGGACUACAUCCACAUAAGAAUCCAGCAGAGGAACGGCAGGAAGACUCUGACCACAGUGCAGGGCAUCGCCGAUGACUAUGACAAGAAGAAGCUAGUCAAGGCCUUCAAGAAGAAGUUUGCAUGCAAUGGGACAGUGAUUGAACACCCUGAGUAUGGUGAAGUGAUCCAGCUGCAGGGAGACCAGCGCAAGAACAUCUGCCAGUUCCUCACAGAGAUUGAACUGGCCAAAGAGGAGCAGCUCAAAGUCCACGGUUUCUAGAAGCACCCCCCUCCCCUCCCCUAUAAAUUAACCUUUUCCACUUUUGGUUUCUCCCCCCACCCCCCACCCCUCCUCCCCAAAAAUAAAGGUAUAACCGAGAUGAUGACUCUAGCUCCGAAUUGGAGAUGCUGCUCCAGCAUUGCUUCCUCACAGCUCAGAUGGCUGACACCCAGUUGAUUUGUCUCUUUCCUUUUUAGUUAAUCGUGUGCUUUUCAUCUUUGUUUUGUACAACAUGUUUCAAUAAAAUCCUCAGAUGCGA